UGUUCAGAGUGCGGGAAAGCGUUCACAAUGAAAGGAAGCCUUCUUAGACACCAGAGAAAGCAUAGCGGCGAGAAUCUUUUUUCAUGUACAGAGUGCGGGAAAAAGUUUACUGAGAAGACCGCACUUAUUAUACACCAGAGAAUUCACACAGGCGAUUAUCCUUACGCAUGCCCAGUGUGCGGGAAACGGUUUAAUAAGAAAGUAUACCUUCGUACACAUGAGAGAAGCCACACGGGUGAGCGUCCUUAUUCAUGUUCAGAGUGCGGAAAAGGUUUCACUCAAAAAGGAAACCUUGUCAACCACCAAAGAAUCCACACAGGAGAACGCCCUUUUUCGUGUAAAGAGUGCGGGAAGGCUUUCAUAUUUAAAAGACACCUUCUGUUGCACCAGAUAACUCACACUGGUAAACAUCCUUUUUCCUGCAAAGAGUGUGGGAAAAGCUUUACAGAAAAAGGAAAACUUCUUAUACACCAAAGAAUGCACACAGGCGAACGUCCUUAUUCUUGUCCAGAUUGUGGGAAAGGUUUCACCCAGAAAACAGUCCUUAAUACACAUCAGAGAAUUCACACUCGCGAGCAUCCUUAUUCAUGUUCAAAGUGCGGGAAAUGUUUUACACAAAAAGGAAAUCUAAGUAGACACCAGAAAGGUCACAAGGCUGAAAAUCCUUACUCGUGUUCGGAGUGCGGGAAAAGGUUUACUGAGAAAAGUGCACUUAAUACGCACCAGAGAAUUCACACAGGUGAACGCCCGUAUUCGUGCCAAGAAUGCGGAAAAUGUUUUACUCAGAAAGCACACCUCCUUAGACACGAGAGAUGUCACAAGGGUGAGCGUCCUUUUUCCUGUCCAGAGUGUGGAAAAGCUUUCACCGACAAAAGCGUACUACUUAUACACCAGAGAAUUCACACAGGUGAACGUCCUUUUUCAUGUUCGCAGUGUGGAAGAGGUUUCACAGAGAAAAAAAAACUGAUUACACACGAGAGAAUUCACACGGGCGAGCGUCCUUUUCAAUGUCCAGAGUGCGAUAAAGCUUUUAUACGAAAAAGCCAACUGGUUACCCACCAGAGAAGUCACACGGGUGAAUGCCCUUUCUCCUGUUCAGAGUGCGGGAAAUGUUUUCCUGAGAAGAGAAAACUACUUGCACACCAGAGAAGUCAUACAGGUGAACGUCCUUAUUCAUGUUCAGAGUGCGGGAAAGGUUUUACACAAAAGGGGAACCUUCUUACACACCAGAGAAUUCAUACAGGCGAGCGUCCUUUCUCAUGUUUGGACUGUGGGAAAUGUUUCACUGAGAAAGGAAAACUUAUGGCACACCAGAGAAUUCACACAGGCGAAUAUCCUUUUUCAUGUUCAGAGUGUGGGAAAUGUUUCUCUGAAAAAGCACACCUCAUUAGACAUCAGAGAAGUCACACUGGCGAGCGACCUUUUUCUUGUCAAGACUGCGGAAAAAGUUUCACUCAGAAGGCCAACCUUCUUACACACCAGAGAAUUCACACGGGCGAGCGUCCGUUUUCAUGCUCUGAGUGUGGGAAAGCUUUCACUGAGAAAAGCGCACUUCUUGCACACCAGAGAAGACACACCGGCGAGCGUCCUUUUUCAUGUUCAGAGUGCGGGAAAUCAUUUCCUGAAAAAAGAAGCCUUCUAUAUCACCAGAAAACUCACAAUCGUGAGGGCCCUUUUCUGUGUUCGGAGUGCGGAAAAUAUUUUACACAUAAAGGAAAUUUAAUUAGACAUCAGAGUACACACACCCCACUGAAAAAUGGAGACGGACCUCCCACACUCACACUGACGGCUCCAUAGCACUGAACUGUGGU